AGUCAAAAAAAUAUACUCAAGAGAACAAGACCGUGUUUGGUAGCAAUAUAUUUUUCCACGUUCCCGGAUUUCCAAAUUACUUUUGCUGAAUAAAUUAGGUGAAUCAUAACCGAAGCACAGCACCAUGUGUAUGUAACUGAGAUGGCGAAAAGACUUGGUUCCCAGCUAUUUGUGAGCAGAUUGUCAUUUUUCACAACGAAUGACGAAUUGAAGAGAUUAUUUUCGCCAUUUGGUGUAGUCAAAGAAGCCAGGUUAGUUAAAGACCCAAGAACCCAAAGGCCUAAGGGCUUUGGUUUUGUCACAUUUGAGUCUGAGGUUGAAGCGCACAAGGCAUUGAAGUCCAUGAAUGGCAGGAUAGUGGACGGACGUCUGAUUUUUGUGGAAGUUGCAAAAACUACAAGGCCAGGAGAUGGUGCAACCUCUUGAAAUGAAGUUCAUUUCUUUAUAACAUGUGGGGAUCUAUGUCAAGAUAUAUAUAUAUAUAUAUAUAUAUAUAUAUAUAUCUGAGUCUCUAUAUAAAAUAUUUAGGAGUUUUUUAUAUAAUAAAAAUUAAUGGAUAAGCUCAGAUGUAAUUAUUUGGAUUUUGUCCCCUAUUAUUCACCUCAGAUUAAGAGAGAUUAUAAGAGUUUUCCCCCUGUAAAACACUGUAAGAACUAUAGUUUUGCUUGGAAAAAUUUAUGUUUAUGAGAUUGGUAAGA